CGGACCGGAAACGGAAUGUUCAUGAUAUUUUUGAGCGGAAAGGAAUAAACAACUCCUCAGAAGAAAAUAUGAGAGGGUUUGCCAUCAAAGGAAACAUGAGAUGGUGCAGCUAAAAGGUGUCUGCUGUCUAACGCCUGGAUAAGUGUGUUUUCUUAACAAAAACACAGGAUACUUUGUUUAAUUGGUCCACUAAAAUUGCACCAUGAAUCCACCCAAUCCGUUUGGAAGUCCUCAAGGUGGAGCUUUCCAAGCUCCAAGCAGCACUAUCAAGACUAGUUUGUUUCAGUCAUUUGGACAGCAAAGCUCCAGCAGUCAGCCCCAGACUAUGGGAUUUUUUCCAUCAACAUCAGCAUUUGGACAGCCAUCAGUUUUAAAUCAGCCAGUAAGUCAUGGAAGUACCGUCUUUGGACAGACUCCUGCUUUUGGUCAGCCAUCAACACAGCCCACCGCACUGCCCACUAUGAGCCAACCUCCAGCAUUUGGACAGCCGUCUUUAGGCAUGAGUAGCUCAGGUUUUGGAAGUAGCUCCAAACCAGCUUUUGGACAGACAAGUGGACUGAACCAGAGUACAGCGUUUGGACAGACACCUGCGUUUGGGCAGCCCUCUGCGUUCGGGCAGGCUCCAGGCUUUGGUCAGCAGUCUUCAGGGUUUGGCCAACAGUCCUCUGGGUUUGGGAACACCCAGGGGUCCUCUGGCUCUACCCCUGCCCUAGGGCAGCCUCAGCCAAUGGGUUUUGGGCAGACUGUGUUUGGACAGCCAUCAACUACAAGUGCCAGCACCAGUGUUUUUGGCUCAACUCAAAGUGUAGCCCAAAGCAGGGGAUUUGGAUCAACCGAGUUCAGCUUCAAGCCUGCUAAUGAGGCUCUGUUCAAACCCAUCUUCAGUGCAAGCCCAGAGCCUGCAAACCCUCAGACUACUUCGAUGUCCAGCUCACCGUUUGGCAGCACUGGAUCCCAGACAAGCUCCAGCACCAUGAGCAGUAGCACAACUACUAGCACAGGCUUCUCUCUGCUGGCCGGGGCUAAGUCUGGGCCGUUGGGCUUCAGCUUCUCACAGCCUGCUGCUGCCCCCUCUAUCUCUGCUCAAAACAAUCCGCUAACAACUGGAAACAGCAGCAGCUCUUCCAACACGCUGCAGUUCACCUUUUCUCAGCCAGCUGCUCCCUCCAGCUCCAGCACAAACACAUCCUCCACCCAGCCUACCACCCCUUCAUCUUUUAGCUUCUCAGCCAAAACCCUCCAGCCUCAGGAGGCACCUGCUUUUGGAGGAACUGUUUUUGGAAAGGCUCCAGCUUUUGGUGACACCAAGGCUAAGGCAGAGACUAGCAUAGAUGACAAAGGUAGCACCCUUGCGGCUCUAGGGGAAACAAAUGUAUUUGCAAGAUUAAGCAAAGGUACCAAGCGCAAAGAAGAUCCAAUAGGCUCAGGCAGUGGUCUGGAGAAGCCUGCCACAGAGGAAGAUGUUCCAGCAGAAGCAGAUUCACCCAGACAUCCCUCAAAGAGGCCUCUGAUGAGGUCUCGGGGCCCAGCUGGAGGAAUCUUUGGAAGGGCACUGAGUGGUCUUCGUAAGGAUAUCAGCAACCCAGUGAGGCGAGAGACUCAAAAAGAGAAGGAGAGAGAAGAGGUUCAAGCUCAGGGUGAAGACUUACCUGCUACAUCUCCAGCAGGAAGCAGGGAUAUCCUGGAAAAAGCUGAACCGUCAGACUCAGGAAAACCCCCAGAACCCAAGCACGAGACCACUACUCCUGUGAAACGCAGUGUACGCAGAGAGAGCUCAGAGAGCCUAAGCGGCAUGUCUCCUACAGAAUGCGCCAGCAUCAUGUGCAGAAAUGUGCCUGCUGUCCUCAACAAGAAGGAGAUCAUGGAGAAGCACUUCAGACAUUUUGGGAAAGUUCGCAAGGUCUACUGCCGUCCUGCCAAGAACAUGGCCGUCAUACACUUUGAUGACCAUGCAUCUGCAGCAAGGGCAAAGAAAAAAGGCAAAGUUCUGCACAGACAUGAGCUGCUACUCCUGUGGCAGAGAAAGAAACAGAGUCCAGGUGACAAAGGUAGCAGACCUGCAGCAGAGAAGGAGGAGGCAGAGGGAGAAAGUCAGGAAGAGGCAGGAUCCAAGGCUACUCCAUCGCCACUCAGAAGACCAGCAUUCAGGGCUCCUGCAAUCAGCAGCACUGUAACACUCAGCCACAGCUCUCCAGUGAAAAAGUCAUCACUAGCUAAAUCACUGCAGUUUGACACCGAAGCACCGAGAGAAAGCAGCACAGAGGCCUCGAGCUCAGAGCGCCCGGUUCCCUCGUCCCUCCUCCACCUUAUCGGACAGGUUGCGGAGAGUGCUGAGGACAAGUAUCGCCUCCUGGAGCAGAAAGACAAGAUCCUACGUCAAGGUCGGCCCAAGAGGACAGACUUGGUGCUGUCGAAGGUGUUUGUGGGGACUUGUCCUGACAUGUGUCCAGAGAAGGAGCGAUACAUGAGGGAAACACGGAAACAGCUGAGCAUAUUUGAGGUCAUCCCAGAUACUGAAAUGGUUGAUCACACAGCAGCUAUCAAGGAGUACAGCCGCUCAUCAGCUGACCAGGAGGAGCCCCUGCCCCACGAGCUGCGGCCCCUGCCAGUUCUCAGCAUGACCAUGGACUAUCUGGUGACCCAGAUCAUGGAUCAGGGCGAUGACAAUUACAGAGAGUGGUACGACUUUGUGUGGAACAGGACCAGAGGCAUCAGAAAGGACAUCAUCCAGCAGCACCUGUGCUGCCCUGACACAGUGUCUCUGAUUGAGAAGUGCACUCGCUUCCAUGUGCACUGCGCUCACCACCUCUGUGAAGAGCACAUUUCAUCUUUUGAUGCCAAGAUCAACAACGAGAAUAUGACCAAGUGCCUCCAGAGUCUCAAAGAAAUGUACCAGGACCUGGCCACAAGGCAGGUCUACUGCCCCCGAGAGGCAGAGUUUCGCCAGUACAGCGUGCUGCUCAAACUUAAUGAUGGAGACAUCCUACGUGAAGUUCAGCAGUUUCGUGAUGAGGUGCGUAAUUCCCCUGAGGUGAAGUUUGCUGUGCAGGCAUUUGCUGCGGUCAACAGCAACAACUUUGUGCGAUUCUUCAAGCUGGUGAAAGGAGCUUCGUACCUCGCCAGCUGCCUGCUGCACAGAUACUUCAACCAGGUCAGAGCAAAGGCCUUGAAGACACUAAACAUUGCUCACACCCUCGGUCCACGAUCAAACAUGUUUCCAGUUGACGAUGUGGUUCGAAUGUUAAUGUUCCGCAACGUUGAUGAGGCGACAGACUUUAUCCAGCAGUACGGCCUGAACCUACUCGAUGGUAUGGUGGAGCUGAGUCGGACAGCCUUUCAGGAGCCAGACCUUCCUCUGUCUCAGAAGAAAUCAGAGGUCAUCCUCUCUAAAAAGACCGUGCUGACUGGAGAGGUGGUGAAUGGAGGACCUCUCCCUGACCCCCCACAGCACACCCCCACCUGCAGCUUUGACUCCAUGAACAAGUAUCGUGGUGAGGGCCCUAUGGCUGAGCCUGCAACAGUUCAAAUCAAAGCCCCUUCUGUCAGGCCAGAGGUUAAAGCUCCUCCCAGUGUUGAGCUGCUGACACAGAUCGAGCCGGCCCAGGUUCCAGACAUACCUGCUGAAUUUGAGUUAUCUCCAGCUGUUGUAGACGAGACUGGAGAGCCGAGUGAACCAUAUCACAGCCCAACGCCUCCAGCAGACUCCCAGCAAUUGUUCCAGCCAAUAUCGGCGCCUGAGCCUGUGAAACCUCCAUCACCUCCACCCAAACCUAAGCCUAUCUACACCAAUGAGGACAUUAUGGCUGUUCUGGACUGUGUGAUUGAAGAGGUGAUUGAAGCAGGAGCGAGGGAGGUCGCAGAUGCUGGUGUCAGUUAUGUCUCAGCUGCUCUUGAAGAGAGCAAUGAACAGGUGGAGUCUCUGGUGGGCGAGGUGUUAGGACAGAUGCUGCAGGAGCUUUCCUCCACAGAGAUUGAUUUGGAACGUGAACGCAUCGCUGAAGAGAAACGGAAGCUUGAAGAAGCCAGGAGGAAGCAGGAACACGAGGCCUUCCUGGUUCAGUAUAGCUUCUCUCUCUGUACAGAGCUCAUCCAUGAAGUCUUAAACAAGACUAUCAAAGAGACUGCCGCCUCUGAGAUCCAACAAGCGGUGAAUGAAAAAGCAGAGCUUGUGGCUAAAUGCACAGAGCAGGUCUGCAACAGUCUAGUGGAGGAGACUUUGGAUGUAGACAUCGCUGCGCUGGUUGAGGACAUCCUUGAAGCCGAGCUGCAACGCAUCCACAAGUACAUCAAAAGGUGGCGUGAUGUGGUGGCCGUCCGUCGACAGCUGAAGAGACAGAUGAGAGGUUUCCCUGCAGCUCCCUGCUGUGUGGACCCUCGAUUCAAACUGAAAGCUCUGGCUCCCAGCGCUCCUGCACAGCCCGACAUUUCAGAUCUGGCCCGUGGCGUGGUUAACCUGGGCAACGCCGGCACCCUGGCUCUCUCCAGCACCAGGUUGCUAAAACUGAGGCAGGAGGUAAUCCAUCACAUGAGAGUCCACUACUACUACCAGCGGCUGCUCGAUGAGACAGUUUGGGCUCCAAUCGACCUGCCAGCUCUGGUGACAGAAAACAUCCCAAACCCACCAGACAGAAUCUUCUGGAAAGCUGUUCUCCUCCUGCCGAGUGAUCACGAGAGUGUGGCCAGCCUGGCUGACAGGAUAUUGUCAGACUGGCUGGAGGUGAAGCUCGGGAGAGGGAAGGUGCUGGAGGAGAGGGAGGAGCAGCCUGGCGAUGCACUGCAGACCCUCUGUGUCACCAACACGCUGCAGGACAGAGACCAGCACACUCACAAAGUUCACAUCAGUAUUAAGGCGUCCCGUGGCCCUCUGAGUGAAGACAGUCUCUCCAAAGUGGAGGAGUGCUGUGAGCUUCACGGGACAGGAGCUCUGAUCACGCUGCUUCCUGCCAUCCCCGUCAUCGAAGCGAGCCACGAUGAGCAGGAUGUCCCUCUGCUGUCGGCUCUGCUGCAGCUCAAACAGCUUCAACAGGCCAGUACAUGGCACUGCCCGCUGCCUCUGGUUAUACUAGUACCUGGGCCUGACAGAGACACCGAGCACACACAGAAACUAGAGGAAGCUCUGAUGCUGCCCACUCUGGUGAAUGAAGGCCUGAUAUCAGAGUUCACAUUCAUCUUCAUACCAGAGACAACGAGUGACCUACAGGGAUCCAAACAGCUCAACCACGCCUUACGUUGGCUGCUGGCCCGAGCCCCCUCUCGCUUCCCCCUCUCCUGUCAGACCCUGGUGCAGCUCGUGGAGGCCGGUUUGAGUCGAGAGUUCAGCCCCAGAGUUCUCACCCAGCAACAGGAGCGUGUGACUGCAGGUCUUCCCCCUCAGGACCCCGCUCCCGUCAUUCAGCUGUACAACACUGUCCUGGCUCACAUCGCUGACAAAGUGUCAUCUCAGGAACUCAGCAGACUGUCAUGGCCGCCGUGCGAGUUCUGCCUUCCAGAAACGCAAGACUUUGUCCCUCAUUUGGGCUGGAACUCUACUGAGCACCUCGCCUGGCUGCGGGACGCCGUCCUCAGUCUGCAGCUGCCAAAAUGGGAGACGUCAUCUGCUGAAGGCUCAUGGUCUGACCUCUGCUCCUCUAUCUAUCGUUACGCCGCUCAAAUCCCCGUCUCACACCGCAGUCAGCCUCUCCUCAUGUCACGGCUUGAGAAUCUUCUGGAAAGAGUCAGGCUAAAGAGUCACUUUACCCGAACCUACAACAAAACCGUCAGCAGGUGGGUCAGUAGAGACGAGGAUUCAUUCAGCCAAAUUCCCUGGGAUGACGUGCUGGUGAUCUGCAUCGACCACAAACUCAAAGACUGGCAGAUCCCCAGCCCUCCUGUCUGUGAGGAUGCUGUGACAGGAGAUGGAGAGAUCCUGGUUUACUUCCCGACAGAGUCAUUGAAUGGUUUUACACCACCUGAGGAGUGGACCGAGGCUGUCAGACAAACCCACAGACAGAAACACCAGGAGAAGGAAAGAGCCAGUGCAGCUGCCUGCGCCCCGUCCUACAGUCUGUCCCUCAGACAGAAUUUGUUCCAUAGUCAGCUGGAGCCCCUGGAGGCCCCAACAUCCCCGCUGGACAUCACGCAUACUCCUUCAUCAGAAGAGCUGCUGGCACACAGAGUCCUGCAGAGUUUAGAGGAGGAGAAGGCCGAGAGCAAAAGGAGCAUGGAGCAGCUUCAGCGCUGGCUGGACGGUGACCCUGUAGACCAUUUAACCACACCGCUUUUCAUCCCAACCUCCACUCUGCUUUCAAUGCCAACAACGAUAAAGCUGCCGGCUGCAGCCAGGAGCCAAGACACUGCUCUAGCACAGCAGACAGAGCCUGAGGACAACCCAUCAGAGAAAGCAGACUGGCCUAAAACCUUGCCUGUAUCGAUGACACAGCGACUGAAGGAACUGGAGCAGCAGAUUCUGGCGAGCCAAGAGGAAGAGCUGGCGUGCAGAUUGGAGCUGAGCGGUCUGCUUAGUAUCGUUGAUGACUGAUGAACUUUUAAAGGAAAUACUUUGCUAUGCAAAUGUUCGCAGUCUGUCAACAAACAGACUUUCUCUGCAGAGAGAGAUGACUUUUUAUUUGCUGAGCUCAUGGGAGUCGGUGGUGUACUGAGUACAACAUGUUUACUGCGAUAGUGUGUCUUACAUUUUCUACCUGUGUUGAAAUUGUGCUUGAAUAGAAUAUUAAGAUUUUUAUUUUUGUUUUAGUCUUAUUGCAUUGAAUUAACAUGUGUAGCUUCAGGAUGGGUCUAAACAGAUUCAGUGCCUAACAUCAUGUCAUAAACAUGAGAUGCUGACUCCUUAAGUUUGUUAAAAUCACCUCCAAAGCUGCGUCUCAUCUGUUGUCAAAAUCACUGAAUGGUUUUGAUGAUCUUUUCUUAAAAGCUGCUUUAAAUCAUAGUCUUGUGUUUUUGAGCAAAUGUUUGUACUGUUGAUUUAUGAAAUUGUGUUACAAAUUUUGAAAU